CCAGCAGUGCCACCCACAAGUUCCGCCCACCUGUGCCCAGCAGUGCGCCCACUAGCUCCGCCACCUGUGCCCAGCAGUGCACCCACCUGUGCCCAGCAGUGCACCCACCUCAGUGCCACCCACCUGUGCCCACCCACCUGUGCCCACCAGUGCCACCCACCUGUGCCACCCACCUGUGCCCACCCACCAGUGCAGCCCAGCAGUGCUGCCAGUCAGUGCCACCAUCAGUGCCAUCUAUCAGUACCCAUCAUCAGUGUCACCUAUCAGUGCCGCCUAUCAGUGCUGCAUAUUAGUGCCGCCUAUCCGUGACACCUCAUUAGUGCUGCCUAUCAGUGC